UUUAGGAGCGGCGAUCUCAUUGGUUGAAUUGCACGUGGUAAAACAUGGCUGCUCCCAUGGAGGGUAAUAUCGUGAAUGUGAUAAAGGAGAAAGCGACUUUAUGCCUCGAAAGUAGAAAACAGAUCAACAAUGUCGUCGAUAUCAUUUCACACAUGGAUUCUGAGAAGAGGGACGUCCUAACAGCCUGCAUCAAUGCACUGCAAAGAAUAUUUGAAAAGUUUAUCUCUACAGAAGAAAUGUGUGGCAGUUCAAGUGAUGAAAAGUCGAAAGUUGCAGAUAAGGAAGCCGAGUAUCGGGAAUGGCUGAGGCAACAGUACACUGCCACUGUGGCCUGCCUCCUGGACAAACUCACCUGUACAGACAGACAUAUUCAGAAACUGUCGAUGCGUGUACUGAUGAUGUUUGUGGCUGCGGAGGGUCGUCACCCAAUCACAACCAAGUCUUCAUCACAUGCACAACUCUUCCCGGAGUCUUUGUUUGCGGAAAUAAUGACCCACUUCCUGUCUAGUGAUGAGAGUGCCAUACUUCUGUUGGAAUCCUUCCAGGACUUUCUCCAGUACGAUGAUGUCCGUUACCAGACUCUCCAGUGUAUUCACAAACAUCUGCAAAAGAAUUCAUCAAAGGCCCUGACGGACAUCUACAUGACAAAUGUGUUCGGACUCCUCGACAAAUGCUCGAGUCUUAAGUGCAAAACGAAAAGUCUUCGUUUUUUUGCUGUAGACACGGCAGGCAAGAUGGGGUCCUCCAAAGAACACACCAAGUUGUUCACCAGCACAUGGCUCAAGUUUCUCUCAUGCAAGUUAACUGCAUCGCUGUACAAGAAGGUGCUCAUCAUUGCCAAAGACAAGGUCAUGCCACGUCUGUCAAAUCCCUUGGUGCUCAGUGACUUUCUUACGGAGUCCUAUACUGUGGGUGGUGUGAUCAGUCUUUUGGCCCUGGAUGGUCUCUUCCUUCUCAUCAACAAACACAACCUCGAGUACCCCGACUUCUAUGAGAAGUUGUACGCCCUGCUGGAGCCGGCCGUGUUUCACGUCAAGUACCGCGCUCGGUUCUUCCAUCUCACAGAUCUCUUCCUCACAUCCACGCAUCUCCCAUCCUAUCUGGUCGCGGCGUUUGCCAAGAAGAUGUCUCGGAUCUCCCUCACAGCUCCAGCUCCAGUGCUCAAGGCGGCCAUCAUCUUUGUGUGCAACCUGCUGAAGCGCCAUCCCACCUGCAAGGUGCUCAUCAAUCGACCGGACGCACCCACAGAUCUGGAUGCGGAUCCCUUCCUGUACGAUGAACCCGACCCAGCCAAGUGUGAGGCCCUCAAGAGCUCUCUAUGGGAGAUCAAGAGCCUUCAGAACCACUACUGCCCCGAGGUGGUGAAGCUAGCGACAAGAAUCAACCUGCCCCUCCACCACACGGAGGACAUGCUGUCCGACUUCCUCGAGGUCACAGAAGACGAGUUGAUACAGAGGGAGAUCAAGCGUUGUCGGAAGACGAUGAAGACGACAUCGGUGACAUUUGCACCUCCCAAGGGACUUUUCGGCAACAAGAGUGAUAGGCUGAAGAUGCAUUGGCUGCUGGAAUGACACUGUGAUUACAAUGUAAAUAAAUGUUAUAAUGAAUUGUU